AUGACGACACCAAAUUCGGUUUAUCGGCGGCGUGGGUCAGUGGUCACCGAUGACGACAGCCACCCAACGUUGCAGUCUCAGAAGACGGCCAGAUGGUGCCACGUGGCUCACAUGCACGCCUCCCUCAUCCCCGACUGUCGCCUCCUGCAUCGGGACUGGGUGGUCAGGAACACGUGGCGGGUCGCCGAGAGCCCACGUGGUGAGAAAGCCAGACUGGUUUCCGCGUCGAGCUCGGCUUCUUUUCCUGCUCGCUUGCUUGAUUACAUGUGCACUGAAGGCUUUCACAGAUCUCCUGCUGUUGACAAUACCUCUGACAUGGGUGGCUUCAACCAAGCCUCUACCGCAGCUUGCUCGGAUUCUACAAGGAAGAGGAGACGAAGAACUGGAACUGAAUCUGUUGUGGAGACUCUUAAAAAGUGGAAGCAGUACAACGAGUAUCUCGACACCUGCGCGGAUGGAGGAGCCACUGGCAAGAAGUCAGGGCGGAAAGUUCCGGCCAAGGGCUCGAAGAAGGGAUGUAUGAAGGGUAAAGGCGGGCCGGAGAAUUCACAGUGCAAGUACAGAGGGGUCAGGCAGAGGACGUGGGGGAAAUGGGUUGCAGAGAUUAGAGAGCCGAACAAAGGUCCCAGAUUGUGGCUCGGUACUUUUCCUACCGCGUAUGAAGCUGCUCUAGCCUAUGAUGAUGCUGCUAGAGCCAUGUAUGGUCCUUAUGCCAGGCUGAACCAUCCCGAUAUUUCAAGGGCAGCCACCACCAGUUCGUCGAACGGUUAUUAUUCUGCCAUGACGCCUGGUGGGUAUUCUUCGAUCAGUACUACUACAUCGUCGAAUCACUCUGAGGUUUGCGAGAAUGAAGAUGAUGCAAAGGACUGGGUGGUUCCUGAUGGGGAAGGUGAAUCGAAGGCCAGGUCUCACUUGGUGGUUGAGGUUUCACCGUCUUCUGCUGUCAAGGAAGAGUGUCAAACGUUGGACAACAAGAACGAGGUCUCUGGCCAUGAUGAGGCGAGCUUGAAAUCCGAAGUGAAAGAGGCACCCUUGGAUGUGAAAGAUUACGAGUGGCAGAACUUCACGAUGGAUGAGAUGUUUAGUAUUGAGGAUCUGCUGAGUGCGUUGGAGAAUCAGCCACUCGAAGGGGGUCUGAACAACGGUGGUGGUGGCGGCUGCUUGUUUUCUGGCAACAACCAGAUACAGGAGCAAGAUGCUAGAUUCAUUGGUGGAUCGCAGCACAAGGAGCCAGUACCAUUGUUCCCUGCUGCUGCUGAUGAUUUCAACUUCGACUUCUUGGAGCCCGGGAGGCAGGAGGAUAACACUGUUCCUGUGGAUGAUCAGGGUUACUUCAGCCUGGGUUUGUCCGACUUGGGGUUUGAGGACCUGUGAUGGACAAAGAAGUGUUUAUUCUGGUUUUCUCACGGUUGCAUCGUUGUUCUUUCGAUGCGUUUUUUUCUUCUUUAUCUGGAGGGAGCUGAUUCUCUUUCUACGAGUUUUUUAGUGACUAGAGAAAUCGGCUGCCGAGUUUGCCUUGGUUUUUCUCUUUUAACUUUUGCUGCUUCUGUAGAUCGUGUUCCUGCAGUGGUCAGAGACUUUGAAAACGUUUACUGUAGAUUCUAUCCGAGAAGUUUCUCUGAGAGUAGUGAGUGAGGGUGUAUAUGAUCUGAUAUAUGGGUUCUGGAAUAAAAUAAAAGAUGAUGAUGCCUGCUAAAUGCUUUCGUGUGUAGUGCUUCCUGGCUCCAGGGUCAUGGAUGGAGCA